CACAUGGGCGGAUUUUCGGCGUCGUCCACCAAUUCACUCGGACUGGCUCGCCUCGAGUCUGAUGUUGUCUAGGUGCGACUGCUAGGCGGCAGGUGUGAGCUCACGCGCAGCUUAAGGCCAGCGAGCUCUAUCUAGCAGCUUAUCUCUUUUUAAUUAUAGCCAGCGACCUGAUUUCAGCACCGCGGGUACGUAACAGCUCCACAGCAGCGCUCUCGGAAACGCCACCUUGCGCCUCCCCGUUCAGACACGGUGAUAGGCACCGGACAGCGCAGUCAGAAGCAGCAGCGUCACCGUUAGCCAAGGGAGCUGUCCAAACCUGUCAGCACUUUCUUGUAGUCGUUCACAAGGUGUACAGAUAGAAGACAAAAUACGAAGUGAACAUACCGGGAGCUGCACUCCUGGCCACAACUAAAAUAAUUUAGAGGAUAUACAUUCAAGAAUGGCGUCAAAGAGCUUGGGGAUUCUGGUCUUAAUUCAGGUUUUUGCUCUAACCGUUCACCAUCUCUCUGCCUUCCCAACACCUGCCAGUGCUGACGAUCAAACAGUACACAACAGACAGUUAACUGAGGAGAGACCUGUUCAGGAGCAGAUUGCUGAAGCUGACAGUAUUAAAAAGGCAGACACAACAGCUCCAGAUACGAAGCAAGCUGAGGAGUCGAGCGAUUCAGCAACCAACUCUGAUAGUGAUGACUUCACUCUCUUGAAGUCGCUGGCAGAGAAAUCCAAGCAGGCCGAAAACGAGACCCCCAAGCCCAGUAAAGAUGACCAGCUGGUCCCUGACGAGGCUGACUCCACCAAGAACAGAAGGCUAGCAGAUGACUAUGAUUCCACCAAGAAUGAUGACCCUGAGAGUUUCCGCCAGCUGGACGGAACCCCACUGACAGCGGAGGACAUUGUCCAGAAAAUUGCCAAAAAAAUAUACGAGGAGGAUGACAGAGGGGUGUUUGACAGGAUUGUGUCAAAACUCCUGAAACUCGGACUGAUCACAGACAGCCAAGCAGACACGCUGGAGUAUGAAGUGGCAGAGGCCCUCCAGGACCUCAUCACCAAAAAUGCCAAAGACAACGAGAUCGACGAGCCCGACCUCAGCAUGGACUACCCCAUCUCCAGGGGCGACGAUGUGGACACUGCACCUGAGGACAACAUGGAGGAGGCCGACAGGCUGCCCAGCCGGCGCUAUGAGGAGGACGAAGAGCCGGAGAACGUGAACCAGGAGACGGACGAGGCGACGGACGAGGCAGCGGACGCGGUGUGGGACGCAGCCAGCGAGGGCAACGACAGGAACGAGCUGAGCCCUGUGGACAGCCUCCAGGACCUCCAGUACUUCCCCAACUUCUACCGCCUGCUCAAGAGCCUGGACUCAGAGCAAGAUGCUGAGGAGCGGGAGACCCUGAUCACCAUCAUGAAGACCCUGAUUGACUUUGUGAAGAUGAUGGUCAAAUAUGGCACCAUCACUCCAGAGGAAGGCGUCUCGUAUCUUGAGAACCUGGAUGCCAUGAUUGCCUUGCAGACAAAGAACAAGCUGGGCCAGUCUCUUGGGAUCCCGGUUCUUACCCCACCUACAGGCAAGCUGACGGAGGACGACGACAACACCAAGGCGGAGGCAGCGAAGAUGCAGAAGGAGUACGAGUUGCUGAGGGAUUCCACCAAAAACGUGCAGGCCGCCACAGAGACCAGCCACCCGGGGAAAUCUGAGACUUAUUUGGAAGCAAUCAGGAAGAACAUUGAGUGGCUAAAGAAGCAUAACAAAGAUGCCAACAAAGAGGAAUACGACUUGUCCAAGCUGAGGGACUUCAUGGACCAGCAGGUGGACACCUACAUUGAUAAGGGCAUUCUAGAGAAGGAGGAGGGGGAGGUGAUCAAGAGGAUCUAUGGCAGCAUGUAGAAAUGACCGCUCCAUGGCCAUGUGCGACUAAGCUAAGCAUUUAUGUGAUUCUUCUGUAUGCUGAAGGGAAAAUGACCAUUUUGACCGAAAUGACAAACGACAACUGUAUUGAACAUUACGCAUCCCUAGUGGGUCGCUCAGAGAAUGCCAUAAUGAUGAAGGCAUUGCUGAGGGCCUUUUAGUAUUGAUAGUAUCCGGAUGUAAUCUAAACAGUCUGGGUAGCGGUAGCUGAAUGCAAGGGAAGCAAUCACCUGCACCCCCACUUGACAACACUUGCAUCACCUUCAAUAAUUAGUCAAUCGAUAACCAAAACCUAUUUAUUGAUCCCAAUGGAACUUGCAAAAUAGGGCACUGCCUUCCUAAAGAAUGAAUCCUCUGUGGCUAAUGUGGAAUGAGUGGCAAAUAAUUUUAGAAAAUCACACUGUAGUUUUUGCAUUUACUUCUAUUUUGCAAUAGACACUAAGAUAUGCGUACAUCUAUAUCAAAAUGUAUCCAUUCUGUGUAAUCUGUCCUAGCAUACUAUUGUUUCUCUAAUGUAAGCAUAAAAUCUAUGGCUACUUAAGUCAACCAAAAAAUGCUCUGUUUUGAGGUCAUCUCAGUGACUUUUCUGUAUCCUGUUUUAUUUCCUUGUUCUUGGUUAAUGUGAAUAAGGAUCUUUCUUUGUACUAUUGUCACACUUCUGCACCUGCAACAUGGGAGUUUACCUUCGGCAUGUUUCAGUAUGUUUUACUGUACACCGUUCUAGACACAAAAUCAAGUAUUUUUAAAUGUAAAUAUUUGUGAUUUUUCCAAAAUGUUAAAGCAAAUAAAACAUUGCCUUUCUUUA